AGAGAGCUGAGCUUCACUGUUUGAUGAUUAAUUGAUUUAAUUCCUCUGAUGUUACGGGUGUUGUUCGUCUAUUCAGACUCGAUGCUACGCUGUAAACACUCUUGUAAUGUCUUACUCACGGGUUAUCUGGACACCUUUCAUUUGUAUCUCCAUCUAAUUCAUUCACUAAGAGGCUCAAGUGAAGAGUUUACUGAAGGACAGCGAGAACAUGAGUGAUCCAGAACCCUGCAGAAUUAAACAUGAAGAUACUGAACAACAAAUAGACCUAAUUGAAGAAAAUGUGGCGAGUAAAGAGGAGGAACAUCAUGUCAAAGUUGAGGAAAAAACUCAUUUACAGACUUGCGGUAUUUUGAAAACGAGAGACAAGAGUCAUUUCACCUGCAGUCAGUGUGGAAUGGGUUGUAGAGGAAAAGGCCAUCUUAAGAUUCACAUGAGGAUCCACACUGGAGAGAAACCAUUGACAUGCACUCAGUGUGGGAAGGGCUUUAGCCAAUCAUCAUCCCUACAUAAACACAUGAUGAUCCACACUGGAGAGAAACCAUUCACUUGCACUCAGUGUGGGAAGGGCUUUAGCCAAUCAUCAAACCUUAAUAGACACAUGAAGAUCCACACUGGAGAGAAACCAUACACAUGCACUCAGUGUGGGAAGAGUUUCUGCCAGUUAUCACAACUUACUCCACACAUGAGGAUCCACACUGGAGAGAAACCAUUGAACUGUACUUACUGUGGGAAGAGUUUCAGACAAAUAUCAACCCUUAAUAAACACAAGAAAAUCCACACGGGAGAGAAACCAUUCAGAUGCACUCAGUGUGGGAAGAGUUUCAUCUUCUCAUCAAACUAUAAUAAACACAUGAGGAUUCACACUGGAGAGAAACCAUUCACUUGUUCUCAGUGUGGGAAGAGUUUCAGCGUCUCGUCAAACCUUAAUCAACACAUGAGGAUCCACACUGGAGAGAAACCAUUUACAUGCACUCACUGUGGGAAGAGCUUCAGCCAAUCUUCACAUCUUAAACUACACAUUAGGAUCCAUACCGGAGUAGGCAUGGGAUGAUAACCGUUUCAAGGUAUACCGCGGUUUGGAAAAGUCAAGGUAUUGAAAUGCCCAUGCCUACACCGGAGCGAAACCAUUCACCUGUUCUCAGUGUGGGAACAGUUUCAGACGAUCAACACACCAUCAUACACAUGAUAAGAGUAGGCCUGAGCAAUAUGGCAAAAACACAAUAUUUUUUUUCCAUAUUGAACAAUAAAUCGAUAAAUCACAAUAUAAGUUGUUAAUGCUUCCAGCUUUAAAAGUUAUAAUCCCAACAAUAACUGAUACAACAAAA